UUUGUGGAAUACGUCCUGGACUGUAAGAGCGGGAUGCUCUCCUCAUCCCUGAGAGUGUGCAUGGUGUGGUGGAACACGCCCACGUCCACGAAGAACACUUUGGAGUAGACAAAGUAGUGACCGUCCUUGCGGAUGACCAGACUUCUGUCCUUGUAGUCCAUCUGGUGGAGGAGGGGGUCCGCUAUGGUGCUCCAGCCCAGGAUUGCUUUGUCGUGAACAGCAUCUGGUCCAUCUGGAGACAGUCGACUUGGGUGGAGGUAGAAGAUCAGCACAGCCUCCAGUAUGACCCCACCCAAGGCUACGCUCACCAGCACGAAGAGAAGGCUCUGAGCCAGGCCUCCGGUCCGUCCUCGACCCCGGGCUGCUCGGGGUGGCAGCGGAGGGGCCGUAGCGUGGCUGUCGACCACAUACACAGGAGGAGCCGUCAUGUCCGUACGCUAAACAAGUCUUCUGCAAGUGCAGAUAUCUUUCCGGAGCGCAUCAGCCCCCAAGUGAGAGAUGAGUGCCGCACAAAGUAAGAGUGAAAUGCAAGCGAGUGAAAAGCGAAGUGAAGCUGUCCACGUGAGGAGCGUGGCUGAGGUGGAUGCUGACGCCACUGAUUGAGCUCCAGGCCAACAAGCCGGAAUGACACCAAGCUGGGCUGGAUCAGCAGGUUUAACCAAAUGUUCAGCGUUGGCGUCUUGUCUUUGUUUGUGUGCAACAAGCAUCUCUUGUCAUUGUGAUUUGAGGAUGGAGCUGAGGUGUUCGCUGCUGACUUUGCUGGCUUGUUGGGCUCUCAAGACGAGCUGGGCUUUGAACUUGAGGCCCAGUGAAGACAUGGAGUUCACCUUCUUGCUACCUGCCGGCAGCAGAGAGUGCUUUUACCAAAGCACAGCAAAGGACGACAGCCUGGAGUUUGAAUACCAAGUGAUUGGGGAGCGAAAUCAGGACGUCGGCUUUGUCAUGGUGUCACCCAGCGGCAUCAGACAUGCGUACGACUACAGGAGAACUCACGCCGUCCACAACGUGGAUCGUACAGAGGAAGGAGACUACAAGCUGUGCUUUGACAACAGCUUCAGCACGCUAAAGGACAAGAUGUUGUUCUUCGCACUGGUCAUCACCAGUCCAAGCAACACCGACUCCGAGGACUUGAUCGGUGAUGACACCACAAAAAACACCUUGGAGGACCAACUGGAGGACAUCAGGAUCAAGCUCAAGUCUAUGUACUCGUCCAUCCAGAGGAGCCAUCUGAUCCAGCUGAUGCUGAGGAACUUCAGUACCAGGGACCAGCACCUCCAGGACGACAACCUGUGGAGGGUGACCUUCUGGUCCUCCGUCGGCGUCUUGUCCAUCCUCACUGUGGCUGGCGUUCAGGUCUACGUGCUGCAGUCCCUCUUUGAUAAAAACACAACCUGCUGACCACAUGCAGGCUUUUCCAAACCCUUUUUACGCGGGAAAAAACAAACACAUUCUUUGAGAAUACAUUCAUAUUUUUAAACAAAAUGAUACAAGAUUAAUGCUGGACUUUCUAAAUUCCUAAGAAUACAUUUGUUACGUUCAGAAAAGCCAUUUUAAAAGAUGACAAAGCUACAUUACUGAAUAACCUUUUAAAGUCUUAAUAUAAGGGGAAAAAAAUGUUAUAUUACAGAAAAAAAACUUAAAAAUAUGCCAAUUAAGUCAUAAUUUAGUAAGAAACACAAAAUCCUAAUGAAUAUUAAUAUUAAAUACAAUAAUUGAUACAAUAAUUAUUGUAGAAAGUUAAAAUCAAAUACGAUCAGAAAUAAAACAUUUAUCAGAGAAUAAGGAAAAAUAAAAUGACGGUUCGGGUUAAAAGCAAAGUCCUAAGGCCCUAAUAUUACAUGAUUAUACGCGAAUAACUCUAACUUAAUAUUAACAGAAAAAACUGAAGAAUAAAAUAUUCAGGGAAAAAAGCUCACAGUACAAAGAUAAUAAAGAUGACUCAGAUAAGAAAAAACAUUUUCAGAGACUUAAGUCUUAAUAUUACAAGAUUAUACAUGAAUAAACUAAAACUAGGGGGGGAAAAAUACACAUUGGAAGAAUAAAAUUAAACUACUAAUUUGAAGACAAUAAGUCAUACUUUUCUAAGAAGGAAAUCUCUCAAAAUUUCGAUGAAAAGAUUCGUGUUCCCUCGCUCUCUCACGGUUCACCUUUCUCAGAACAGGCCUAAUGUGUCCUUACGUUACAAUAACAACACAAGGAUGAAAUUUAAGAUGACCAGAAAAGACAUUUUUAGGAAUACAGUCUUGCCCCAAAAAAAACACAAGACAAUUGUAAUUUUGUGAUAAAAGCCCCCAAAAUAUUAGGUGGAAAAAAGAUGUAACACAAAUGAAGCUGACAUAUCUAAAAAUAAAAGCAUAAAGAUGCAAUACUGUGAGAACGUGAAAUCAUAUGACUAAAAACAUGUCAUUUUACAAGAAAAACUCCCAACAUUUAAAACAAUAACUGAUUGAUCAUGCACAUGUGAGCCAUGAGAACCAUAUUUGUUUUUAAUAAUUUACACAUUUACAGUAUGUAGCCAAAAGUCAGCAGCAGGAAACUUGAAAAAACAAACAAAGCACACAAUCCCUGAUCCAUUUGGAACUUGAACAGCCCACGUCCGCUCACAUGGGCGUGUCUGCUACGGUGGACAUGCAGUGCACAUGCAUGCGCCUCCUUCACACCAAUCAAUACAAUAAAAAGUCAAUUAAGAGGAAACGAGGACUCUCAUUUUAGUUUGGGCAGCCUCCCCCCCAGCACCCCAUCUAAUCCCUUUAUUAUACAGUAUAUCCCUUACAUUUACAGCUCGACAGCUAUUGAAGACGUUCACAUGAGGCUUCCGCCUGUUCGUUCGGAGCUCUCAUGAAGGCACCCUCCUUCUUCUCCAUCGUUACAAGGUCAUUCAAGGUCAGCACUAGUAUCGCCGAGGAGCGGGCCGCCUGUUUUAACAACAAUCAACGUUAAAUGCUGCCUUGACGAAGAUACCCGUACUGUCACCUCCUGUCAAGAAAUGUCAAUAACUUGGGGAUCGUUAGAAAUGGAGGACCGAAGAAAAAUAACAUUUAAAAAUGAAGUAUAUAUCACAGUGAAUUUUAAAUAAAUAUAAACUAAAAUGAUUCUAAGCGUUCGCUUGAAAAGAACAUUUAGCAAAUUAAAUAUUUUGGAAUAUUUUUAAAUUUCUUAAAAUUAGAAUUAUAUUUACAAUAAUGGAAUAAAGUGGAUGCAAAUAAUCUUGCAUAUCAAUCUGAAAUAUUUCGUUAUGCUAAACUAAAAAUGCAAACUAUGCAAAAUAACAGCAGUGAUGCAAUACAUGUUUACGCAUUUUUUUCUUAAUGUAAAAUGAGCGAGAAUUAUAUUUCCUAUUGUGAAUAUAUUUUAUAUGUACAGUGGCAUUCACACAAAGUAAUACAUUUAAGUAAAUUAAAUGCACAUAUAGAAUGUACAAUUGCAUGAAUGUACAUUUUUAAGUAUCAUUUAAAAUAGCAUUUAUGCAACAGUAAUGUAAAUGUUUAGCAAUAAAAUUUAAAAUAACAGGAUGUAAAAUAGCAAUACUGUACAUUCUUAAGUAUGCAUGAAAUUUAAAAUUAAAAAAAUACCAUUAAAGCUAAUGUUUGUAUUUACACGUAAGCAUAAAUGAUAAUAAAAUAUCAAACCAAAUUCUUAGUGUUUGAACUACAAGAAUGAGGUGUUUCACAUGUUGUGGUUGCACUAUUUAGUUACAUAAUACUGUAUUAAGUAGUAAUAAACAGUGUAAUGCUCCGUGGCAUUUCAAUACACCUGACAUUGUGCAUGUGUACCUAAUGUAGUGUCCACUGAGUUUGGACCCACUGUUGAAAUUUGGGAUGGUGAAAGAGAGGAGGAGAGAUGAAAGUGAGGACACAAGGAGACACCAACCACCAGAAGAAGCAGUCCCUUUCUUUUUUUUUUUUAUUGUACACAACACCGCUUUUAUUGACUUGUGUCUUUUCUACAUCAUUUCAUGUCAUGUUGUCUACACAGGCACUUGGACAAAAAAAAAAAAAAAUCAGGGAGGAAGGAGGACAUAGUGAACUUAAGUCUUAAUACAGGACUUAUAUGGACUGUACAGUCUGGGCUGGACUUCAGUUACAGGCGCCCUCUAGUGGAGAGAAGGUGUACGUGCUGACAAUGAUUGAAGGCGGAAAGAAGCACAUUCUGUCGAGAGGUUGGAAUAGUUUUACAGUGAUUAUUCAUGUGUUGGGAUAUUCUGUGGCUUCUCUUGACAGGAUGUGCCUUCAACCAGCCAAACCCCCACCACCGCUGAACACAAGCAGCCCCUAAAUGAGUGAUUAGAAUGAGUUCAAGCGAUCGAUAAUGGCAAAUAAUGACGCCCCCUGACAUGUGGGUUAUAAAUAAAAGCAUCUCGAUAGAAUCCAUACAUUUGAGACGAGUUAGUCACAUGACAUGUUAGAUAAGAUACAAGUGCUACCUUCCACAGUGCGGCCCGCGUAUUUACAAAAAGGUUGAAUGCAUAGAUGCAGGUAGCCAUGGCGCCAUGGUUCACGUGUGUGUUCGGACUUUUCACCACGGGAGGCAUUUGUUUUUGUUUUUAAAGCUACAUAUAUCCUUUUGAAUAAAAAAAGAUGCUUGAUUAGAAUGCUAUCAGGAAAUGAAGUGUCGGGGGGGUGAGCGAGGCAAUGAAUAAGUUAUUUCAAGAUGUAAAACAACAACUAGCCUGUCAAUGCAUCCUACUUUUAUUUUCUGUACACUUUGCACAGCACAGAGGCGGAACCUUCUAUCCCCACCACACGCACACAAACAAGAGAAUUAGGCUCGGCCACCGCGGGGGUCUAGUCUAGCAGGGAGGGCUCAGCAGGGCGGAUAAUGGUGGGCCGGUGAGAGGGAGCCCCAGGGGGUCUUCGGCUGCAGUGUGGAGAGAAGACGGGAGACGUGAGACUCGCAGAGCUCACAGAAGUGACAGAA